AUGCUGACAUUAACCCCGGGGCCUGUCGGGGCCGGGAGUACGGAGAUCCAGGCGCAGCCUACUGGGGCAGGGGAGAGAGGGCCACUCUCCUUGGCGCCGAGGCCCUCCAUCGACUUAACUUCAACCUACCGCCCCCACCACUGGACCAGUGGGGGAGAUCCCGGUCCACCAAGUGGAGACGACCCGAGGCGGGCCGAAGCAACACAGGCCGCCCCGUGGGCAAAGCGUGAGCACAGACCUCCACCCAAGAUGUCAGAAAUCAUGGGCGCUGAGAGCCCCACCGAAGCUACACAUGAUGUCCUGGCGAAGAUUAACAGGCACUUUGAAAAGUUUUGGCAGUGGCUAGAGCGCAGACUACUUCAACCUGCACCACCUCACAGCGAUGACCUUACCAGGCAGAACCCACGACCAAAUAGCUGGGCAGGAGCCUGGCACCAGGACACCCGAUCGCCACCACGGAAGGCGCAGAAGCCCCGACUGCCGCCGGGUCACCCUCGCACAAGACGCAGGCAAAUCAGUAACAGGCAGAAACACAGGGGGAGUCCCCCUGCAGCAACACAGAGUCCAAGCUGGAAACCCUGGUGCACACUACAGCACCCCGGUCCUAACCAGCUGGUAGAAGGUACACUGCUGCAGCCCGGAGGAUACUCUGAGAGGAACCCAGCACGUAACCACCUGAGCACCGGCAUGGCCUGGAUUAUGAGAAAAAGCGGUAAACUCCAAGCGAUGGCCACUGAUGAUCUCUCUCCCGGGACAAUACCUGUCGGGUAUAGGCUGACCUUCUCUCACCACUGGACGGUACCCUGCCCAUGGAGGGUGUAG